CGACCUUUUCCCAGGGUGCACAGCCUUACCUCGGGAUGGGAGACGGUUUUGGCAAUUGACAACGAGAGGUACCUCAAAGAACAGAGUAUUUGAGCAAAGUUGAAGGAUUUCAGCUGAAGGGCUGAUUCUUCUUCAUGCCCAGACCAGAGCAGAGCGUCCCUGCAAUGAGGACCAGAGGCUCGAGCUGGUGGACCAUCACGGAUAAAACAGCAGCUUGUGAAUGUUUGAGUGCAUAAGGGAAGUUUGGGUGUGCUGAACAAGUUAAAACACACCCAUUAUGAUUCACUUGUGACUAUCUACACCUGUUGACUGGUUCUGACGUCACACAGUUUGAUUUUGGACUUCGACUCUGAAGAGAUUGGGGCGUGACGGCGUCCUCAGAUCACAUGCACACUCACAACAGGACUGACAGGAAGACAUGAGGAGCUUCUUCUCUCCAGAGGUUCCUCCACAUAUGAAGGUGAACGUGUCUGUAAACUGACCUGAGCUCAGUUCAGCAGGUGUUUGUGUUUGUGUGAAGGUGUGGACUCUGCUAUGCAUCAGUGGGAGGACAGAGAGGAGGGAGUCCCUCCCUCUAAAGCCACUCUGUGUGGGGAACAUGACAGCCAGACCAAAGCUCAGAGACCAGACUCUCCUGGACCUGGACCUGGACCUGGACCCAGCUGUGUGUCCAUGAAGAGUGACCGGUCUAUGAGAAACCCUUUAACAUUCAAAGAUGGACUUCAGUCUGUUAGGAUCCAUCAGCAGAGAGUUGACUCUCCUGGACCUGGACCUGGACCUGGACCGGGACCUGGACCUGGACCCAGCUGUGUGUCCAUGAAGAGUGACCAGUCUAUGGGAACCCCUUUAACAUUCAACGAUGGACUUCAUUCUGUUAGGAUCCAUCAGCAGAGAGUUGACUCUCCUGGACCUGGACCUGGACCUGGACCCAGUUGUGUGUCCAUGAAGAGUGACCAGUCUAUGGGAACCCCUUUAACAUUCAAAGAUGGACUUCAGUCUGUUGAACUAAGAGUUCAGCAACAGAGAUCCCAAGUGAUCCCAAGAGACCUGGACCCCAUAUUUAAGCUGCUUGAGAAGAACAUUGUCAGCUUCAUGAAGAGCGAGCUGAAGAAGAUGCAAAAAGUCCUCAGUCCAGAUUACCCAGAAGGCUCUGCGGGUCAGAAGGAAGAUGAGGAGGUGUUGGACGGUGAGGAAGAAGAGCAGAUGAGGAGCAGCGGGGAAGCAUUUCUGAAGAUCACACUAAACCUCUUGAGAAGAAUGAAGCAGGAGGAGCUGGCUGACUGUCUGCAGAGCAAAACCAGUGCUGCAGUGUGCCAACAUGAACUCAAGUCUAACCUGAAGAAGAAGUUCCAGUGUGUGUUUGAGGGGAUCCCUAAAGCAGGGAACCCAACCCUCCUGAACCAGAUCUACACAGAGCUCUACAUCACAGAGGGAGGGACUGCAGAGGUCAAUGAGGAGCACGAGGUCAGACAGAUUGAAACAGCAUCCAGGAAACCACACAGACCAGAAACCCCCAUCGGACAAGAAGACCUCUUCAAAGCCUCGUCUGGAGGAGAGGAACCAAUCAGAACAGUGAUGACUAAGGGAGUGGCUGGCGUUGGGAAAACAGUCCUAACACAGAAGUUCACUCUGGACUGGGCUGAAGACAAAGCCAACCAGGACAUCCAGUUCACGUUUCCUUUCACGUUCAGAGAGCUGAAUGUGCUGAAAGAGAAGAAGUUCAGCUUGGUGGAACUCGUUCAUCACUUCUUCACUGAAACCAAAGAAGCAGCAAUCUGCAGGUUUGAAGAGUUCCCGGUUGUGUUCAUCUUUGACGGUCUGGAUGAGUGUCGACUUCCUCUGGACUUCCACAACAAUGAGGUCCUGACUGAUGUCACAGAGUCCACCUCAGUGGAUGUGCUGCUCACAAACCUCUUCAGGGGGAACCUGCUUCCCUCUGCUCGCCUCUGGAUAACCACACGACCUGCAGCAGCCAAUCAGAUCCCUCCUGACUGUGUUGGCUUGGUGACAGAGGUCAGAGGGUUCACUGACCCACAGAAGGAGGCCUACUUCAGGAAGAGGUUCAGAGAUGAGGAGCAGGCCAGCAGGAUCAUCUCCCACAUCAAGACCUCCCGAAGCCUCCACAUCAUGUGCCACAUCCCAGUCUUCUGCUGGAUCACGGCUACAGUUCUGGAGGACGUGUUGAAGACAACAGAGGGAGGAGAGCUGCCCAAGACCCUGACCGAGAUGUACAUCCACUUCCUGGUGGUUCAGUCCAAAGUGAAGAAGGUCAAGUUCGAUGGAGGAGCUGAAACGGAUCAACACUGGAGUCCAGAGACCAGGAAGAUGACGGAGUCUCUGGGAAAACUGGCUUUUGAUCAGCUGCAGAAAGGGAACCUGAUCUUCUAUGAAUCCGACCUGACAGAGUGUGGCAUCGAUAUCAGAGCAGCCUCAGUGUACUCAGGAGUGUUCACACAGAUCUUCAGAGAGGAGAGAGGACUGUACCAGGAUCAGGUGUUCUGCUUCGUCCAUCUGAGUGUUCAGGAGUUUCUGGCUGCUCUUCAUGUCCAUCUGACCUUCAGCAAAUCUGGUGUCAACCUGCUGGCAGAAGAACAAACAACCUCCCUUUGGUCUAAAGUCUUUAGAUACAAACCUGAACCAAUAUAUCUCUACCAGAGUGCUGUGGACAAGGCCUCACAGAGUCGAAAUGGACACCUGGACUUGUUCCUCCGCUUCCUCCUGGGUCUUUCCCUGGAGACCAAUCAGACCAUUCUGCGAGGUCUGCUGCGACAGACAGGAAGUAGCUCACUGACCAAUCAGAGAACAGCCCAGUACAUCAAGAGGAUGAUCAGUGAGAAUCAUUCUCCAGAGAAAAGCAUCAAUCUGUUCCACUGUCUGAAUGAACUGAAUGAUGGUUCUCUGGUGGAGGAGAUCCAACAGUCCCUGAGAUCAGGACGUCUCUCCACAGAUGAACUGUCUCCUGCUCAGUGGUCAGCUCUGGUCUUCAUCUUACUGUCAUCAGGAAAAGAUCUGGAGGUGUUUGACCUGAAGGAAUACUCUGCUUCAGAAGAGGCUCUUCUGAGGCUGCUGCCGGUGGUCAAAGCCUCCAACAAAGCUGUGCUGAGUGGCUGUAAACUCUCAGAGAGAAGCUGUGGAGCUCUGUCCUCAGUCCUCAGCUCCCAGUCCUCUAGUCUGAAAGACCUGGACCUGAGUUACAACAUGCUGCAGGAUUCAGGAGUGAAGCUUCUUUCUGCUGGACUGGAGAGUCCACACUGUGCACUUGAACAUCUCAGGUCAGGAUCAGCUGAUUUACCACACAGAUGAUGCUGUUCUUCUCUGGGAUCAGCUCUGAAGUCAAACCCCUCCAGUCUGAGAGAACUGGAUCUGAGUGGAAACCAGCUGAAGGAUUCAGGAGUGAAGCUGCUGAGUGGUUUUCUGGAGAGUCCACAUUGUAGUCUGGAGACUCUGAGUCUGUCACACUGUCAGAUCUCAGAUGAAGGCUGUUCUUCUCUGGGAUCAGCUCUGAAGUCAAACCCCUCCAGUCUGAGAAAACUGGAUCUGAGCUGGAACCAGCUGCAGGAUUCAGACUUGAAGCUGCUGAGUGGUUUUCUGGAGAGUCCACAUUGUAGUCUGGAGACUCUGAGUCUGUCAUGGUGUCAGAUCUCAGAUGAAGGCUGUUCUUCUCUGGGAUCAGCUCUGAAGUCAAACCCCUCCAGUCUGAGAAAACUGGAUCUGAGUUUCAACCAGCUGCAGGAUUCAGAAGUGAAGCUGCUGAGUGGUUUUCUGGAGAGUCCACAUUGUAGUCUGGAGACUCUGAGUCUGUCACGCUGUCAGAUCUCAGAUGAAGGCUGUUCUUCUCUGGGAUCAGCUCUGAAGUCAAACCCCUCCAGUCUGAGAAAACUGGAUCUGAGUGGAAACCAGCUGCAGGAUUCAGGAGUGAAGCUGCUGAGUGGUUUUCUGGAGAGUCCACAUUGUAGUCUGGAGACUCUGAGUCUGUCAGGCUGUCAGAUCUCAGAUGAAGGCUGUUCUUCUCUGGGAUCAGCUCUGAAGUCAAACCCCUCCAGUCUGAGAAAACUGGAUCUGAGCUGGAACCAGCUGCAGGAUUCAGACUUGAAGCUGCUGAGUGGUUUUCUGGAGAGUCCACAUUGUAGUCUGGAGACU